GUUUGUCCUGUGAUGGACUGGAGACCUGUCCCUCGCCCAUCAUCAACUUGGGUCUAGUGUCCUGUAAUCCUGAACAGAAUAAAGCGACCAGCGUCGCUCUGUGCACGUAGCGAGCAGAGAUGAGGAUUUCCACCAGUCACCUGCAGCAGCUCACCAUUUUCACCACCGUGCUGACCGGUGGAGGGAUCACCACCAUGUACUGCCUGAUGCAGAGUAAAUUUGCUGAGUCGGACUACCACAGACUGGCUGUCCGGGAGUUGGAGUCGUGUCCACUGGCCAUGGAAAGCCUCGGAGCGCCGCCUUUAAAAGUCCACAACAUCCAUCUGACCGACCGAGACAACCGUAUUGACCAGCGCUCUGCUCAGCUGAAGAUUCCAGUGACUGGGUCAAAAACUGGAGGUUAUCUCUACACGACGUCGUUCAGAGACUUCAACACAAACAGGUGGACUCUGAAACAAGCAGUUCUCCGGCUCCGGGAGGGACAGACCAUCAACCUCCUCCGUCCUCCAGCAGGAGCCACUGCAGCCUCGUCAGAAGAGCUGGCGGAGAGAGACGACUCAGCCCGGUGGGACUGACUGAAGCAGGAACGUGUCUGUGCAGAGCCGUCGUUCUGCAGACUGCCACCUUGUGCUUUCACUUCUUUAAGCCCAGGAUGGAAACCAGAAGGACAUCCCACGGAAGAAGAAAAGCAGUCUGCAGAUGAUUCUGUGCUCGCAGUUGUUCUCAUGGAGUUAAACGUUUGCAGUGUUUGGACUCCCUGUGGUGAACCACAUGAGGAAGAGGACGACUCCUCGACCGGGCUCGUCACAGUUCACAGCAAUAAGUGGCUCAUUGUCUCCAUUUCCACAGUUCAACAUGAAACAUGCUUGAAAUAAAGCAGAAAGCUGUUGGCACAGAAUCAAAAGCACUUCCUGCACAGCGAGGUGGAUGGAGAAGUGUCAGUGUGUGUGAAGGACAGGUGGCGCCGCUACUUUUGAAACCUGCUGAGGUUUGACAUGAACCCAGGUGUUUCAUGGCUGAAGAUGCUAAACCUCAUCCAAAUGCACAAAAUGUCUCAUCUACAAUUUAUAGUGGCUCGUGCACGCUGCUGCAGACUGAGGCCUGCAGCUCACAUCUUUCUCUCUUUCUGUCCUGCAUCCACUUCAGUUCCUUACGAUGCAAAUAGUGGAUUCAGUACAAAUAAAAUCAAACAGGAUGAGCUGAGAAAAUCCCACCAAAGAGUCCUGACAGCUACAGUAAACCAGCAUUUUAAGCCUCAACUUGAAAAUAGAGAUUGUGUUCGCCUCUUCUUCCACAUCGGAGCCUGCAGACUCCUACUUGCAGAAAAAUCCAGAAGUUGAUCCGUUGGAAACUUUGUAGUUAUUGCGACAAAUUGAUAGCAAGUAGCAAUAAUCGGAGUAAUGUUCCUUUGUUUUUAAAUCGCUGUUUUUAGAAACGAUGCCGUGCUGAGAUAACCUGAGCACCAACUUGCAGAGGAAAAGGUUCAGUUGACCCAUCCAGUCAGGAAGUGAUGCAACAACCACGUUUAUCUACAACACAGUCAGUUCCUCACUGGCUCUCUCUCAGAAACCCUGAAUAUGUGGCAAAUACAGAGCAGCAGCAGUUGUAGUGGUUUUAAUGGAGGUAUAGAAGGAAUCUCCUUUGGAGGAGCAGAAGUAGCUCCUGGAUGAGCGAAGAGCCAGAGGACAGGAAGACCCCCGCUCCAGCCAGGGCCGGAGGCCGGGACGUGAACACACACACCUCACCCCCCAGUUUCAGUUAGCUGUGUGGAGAAAAAGCUGCUGAAUGUGCCUGUUGGGAGGAUAUGAGCUGAUGAGCUGUGAAAAGGAAACAAACAGCUGGUUCACACCUUUUAGCGCUGAGCAGCAGUUCAAAGAAUUAAAG